GCUAUACCAAUGCACGGUGAUAAAGAUAGCUCUGAGGAAGAAGACGACAACUCAGAAGCCGAGAGAGAAGUCAGAGAAGGCUUUAUUGAAGAUGAGCAGGUUGAUGAUUCUGAAGGCGUGAGAGAUGGCAGCGAGAAGAAAAAGAAGAAGAAAAAGAAGUUAAAAAAGCUUCGCAGAGCAUCAGAUCUGAACGAUGAGGAGGUCGACGAGGAUGAUCUGGAUUUGAUAGCUGAAAAUACUGGUAGAUCUAGACGUAAAGAUGUCUCUCAAUUACGUAGAUUACACCGCAGGAAAGCUGAUGAUACUGAUGAGGAGGAUCUCGAUGCUGAGCCUGCUGAGGACACUAGCGUUAGAGAUAAGCGCAACAAAGGUGUCAGCGAAUUGAUUAAUAUGUUCAAUGAAGACGCAAACAGAGCGAUGGAGGAUGAUGAUGACGACGACCUUGGUAAUUUUAUUGAAGAAGACGAAGAAGAUCCUAGAAAUGCUUACGCAGGCGGCGAUGAUCGUAGGAAGAAGAAAAAGAAGCAGAAAGCGCGUAAAAAUCAGCGUGGUAUUCUCUCUGAGCAAGCUGGCGUUGACCAGGAAACUAUGGAUGAAAUCUACGAGGUAUUCGGUGAUGGUACUGAGUAUGGCUGGGCGAUGGAAGUGGACGAGGAGGAAGAGUUUGAAGAGCAUAGAGGAGACACGAAAAUGGCUGAUGUGUUUGAACCUUCAGAAAUCAAAGCCCGUUUGAUGACUGAUGAAGAUGAAAUUAUUCGCUACACAGAUUUGCCGGAACGUAUGCAACUCCUCACCCCUGGUAUCGCAAUAUCGAAUGUUAUUAGAGACCACUAUGCUACGGAUACUGAAUAUGCCCACCGCCUUCCAGACAAAGACAAAAGUGCAGCAUGGAUAGCACCAAGACUAUCAGAAGCCUCGAAAAAUAUGUUCUUAGAUCCAUUGGCACCACAUUACAAUCUAAAAGACGAAUUUAUCAGGGCGGUCACUGUUGCUGUUGAUAGUAUCCAAAAUGGUAUGGAAGUACCUUUCAUACACAUUCACAGACGUGACUUGGUCUCUCACUUUGAUCCAGCCAAAACGUCUGUCCCGUUAGCACCAGAAGAACUUCGUCAUGAAUACCCUGCUGGUACCAGUGCAGUAUGGCGCAAUAGACAUCAAAUGAGUCUUCUGUCACGAUCAGAUUUGUGGAAGAUCUACGAAUUAUAUCGCAAAUACGUUUCAUUACAUAUACGAUUAUCUGGAAUCACUGAGUUAGCUGAGAAGGCGCACAUCGUUGAUAAUUACUUCACAGGGACCCUUGUUCCAUUAGCUCAAGACGAAAUGGAGGUUACAAAUGAUCUUCACGAAUGGUUACUAGGAAUGUACCCACACGAAAUUAAAAUUUUGCAAGAUGAGCAGAGAUCGAUGUCUGAACGUCAAUUCAAGAGACCAACGAAGGCAUCUGCCUAUGAACGUGCAAAGAAGAUGCCAUCAUCUGAGUUGAUUAAAAAGGUUGUACCAACAGUCGCAGAAGUUGCUCAGAAUUUACGCUCAGAAGUUGGUAAAUUGUUCACACCUCCAACCCCAUCUUUAGGGCCAUUUGAUUUAGCAGAAACAUUUACUGUUGGUUCAAUAAACUCCCAAAUGAUGCUCUCAAUGGCUAAGCUCAUAUUUAUAACUGAAUUGGGUCGUGAUCCACUUAUCAAAAAGCAUGUCCGUGAUAGACUCACUAGUGAAGGUAUCGUAUCUGUCUUACCAACCGACAAGGGUUUGAACAAGGUUGAUGAUCAACAUCCAUAUAACAGGUUCCUCUAUCUGAAGAACAAGCCAAUUGAUAAACUUUCAGAAGAUUCAACCCAAUUCCUUUCCAUUUUGGCAGCAGAAAAAGAAGAUCUUAUUACUGUGUCUAUCGGUUUCCAUCCAGAUGUUCAAGAGGAAAUUAUUGAUAGAAUAUUCGAAGCUACCAAAGGUGAAGAUACCGGCGAAGUAUCUGAAGCCUGGAACACAUUUAUCAGAGAUGCAAUCUUUGAGGCUUUCGAACAAUCUCUCCUCAUUAGCGCUCGCAAAUAUGCUCGUGAAUGGCUACGUGAAAAGCAAGAGGAUUAUCUUGCACAGCGUCUGACCGAUAGAGUAUCUCAACGUAUUGAUGUCGCUCCAUUCACAGCCCCUGGGUGGGAAAAAGGUGAGACUCCUUCCGUAUUGUCAGUAUCAGCUGGUCAAGGUGACCCACGCAAGGAUGCGAUCUUGCUUGUAUACCUCGAUGAGGAUGGUCGCUUGAGAGAGCAACAGAAGAUCGAUAACUUGGUCGAUGAGACAACUAUGGAAAUAUUCAGUGACAUUCUCAAAAGACGUGAACCACAAGUUGUAGUCGUUGGUGGUAUGGGUACCCAAACUCACGGUUUAUACCAACGUGUACUUGAACUCGUUAAGACACAAACAGGUGAACAAAUAGAUCCUAACAGCCAAGUUGAUGAAUGGGGUGAACCAAUGGUAACGGAUGAAGGACAACAACCAACAAUCAAUCCUGAAUCCGGUACACCCGUAAUUUUCGUAAACGAUGAUAUUGCACGUAUUUACCAACAUUCAAAACGUGCUGAACUUGAAUUCGGUGAAUUACCUUUGACUGGUAAAUACUGUGUCGGUUUAGCUAGAUAUGCUCAAAGUCCAUUGAACGAAUUCGCAGCGUUAGGUGAAGAUGUCACCGCUAUUGCUAUCGAUCCUGAUCAGAGAUUAUUGACUAAUGUCAAAUUCCUCCAAGCAAUGGAGAAGGCGUUCAUUAACACUGUCAAUCACAUUGGUGUCGAUAUCAACAUUGCUGUACGCGAUACUCACUACCAACAUCUUUUGCAAUUCGUCGCUGGUUUGGGUCCACGUAAAGCACAAGCGUUGGUAAGAAGAAUCGCUGCUAGGGGAGGUUACAUCACUAAUCGCUCCGAACUUGCUCAUCCAGAUCUCAUGUAUCUCAAGGAAUUCACAAACGCAGUCGCAUUCAUCAAGAUUACUCAAGAAUUUGAUUCUAAAGUUGGUGAUGAACUUCCAGAUGUACUCGAUCAAACUAGAAUACACCCAGAAGAUUACGAGUUGGCGAGGAAAAUGGCAUCGGAUGCAUUAGAACUCGAUGAAGAGGAUCUUGAAGGUCAACAUGAAUCAGCUGUCGUUAAGCAACUCAUUGAUGAUAAGCAAAAUGAAUCAAAGCUUGAUGAAUUGAAUUUAGACGAUUACGCACUCAAUCUGUUGCAGUUUAGAGGCGAUUACAAGAGAUCAACUUUGAAUUUGAUUAGAGAUGAGUUGUUGAACCCAUUCGGUGAGGAUAGAGACGACUUCAAGACACCUGAAAAUAAGGAUAUCUUUACUGCACUCACUGGUGAAACUGAUCAGACACUCUCACCUGGUACAGUUGUACCUGCAGUCGUCAAAGCAACUAAACCACAAUUUGCAUACUUCAGAUUAGAUUCAGGCGUUGAUGCUUUCGUCAGCUCGGUAUAUGCCACUGAUGAAGGUGAUCCUGAUCGUCGUAUGGAUAGCAUAUUCCCUAAGGCUACGACUGUUCAAGGUAUGGUUCUCAAUAUAGAUUAUGAUACUUUCCAAGUGGAAUUAUCUACACGUCCUCAAGAUCUCGCGAUGGCACCUGAAUAUAGAAAGAUUGUCGCGGAAGAUGAAUACUAUGAUACAAUUAAAGCAAUGGAAGAUCGUGAAAGUGCUCAAAGACGAAAGCAAAGUAAAGCAAAUAGAGCGCCUAGAGUUGUUGAUCAUCCAAAUUUCCAUAACUUCUCAGCCGAACAAGCUGAACAACUCCUUGAAGGUGUUCCACGUGGUGAAGUAGUUAUACGACCAAGCUCGAAGGGUUCUGACCACUUGGUCGUUACUUGGAAAGUUGAUGAGGACUUAUAUCAACAUAUCGAUGUCCUUGAAAUUGACAAAGCUAACGAAUGGUCAUUGGGUAGAUUACUCAGAAUCGGUAACGCAACAUACACUGAUUUAGAUGAAAUGUUGGUCAUGCACGUACAACCGAUGGUUCGUAAAGUCGAAGAACUAAUUAAUCAUGAGAAGUAUCAUGGACCUACUGAAGAUGACAUGGCUAAAUACCUUCAUGACUUCGUUAAGGCCAAUAUCGAUCGUAGCAAUUACGCGUUCUGUCUUGAUAGAAAAGAUCCUGGAAGCUUUGUGUUGGGUUUCAUGGCCUCAGCCAAAUCAGCACUCAAUAGAUGGAGUGUACAGGUGACACCUGGAAUGUAUGUUCUCAAUGGUGCACAAUUACCAACAGUCGCGGAUCUUUGCCGUGCCUUCAAAUUGCAAUAUGCGGACAUACUGAAGAAUCCUCGUAGUAGGUUAGCGAAUGGAGGAAAGACGCCUUUCGCCGGAGGUCGUACACCUGCAACUGGCGCGCGCACACCUGCAAGAGGAACCUGGAGUGCAACACCCGCCCAAGGUAAAGCAUCUGCAUGGGGCGGUGGAAACAGGACACCAGCAGCUGGGUGGGGAGGUGGUCGAACUCCUCACCAUGGAGGUCGCACUCCAGCCAUAAAUCACGGUGGUCGCACGCCCGCACAAGCCGUUCAAGCUGCAAAUGCAAAUUGGAACAAUAACAGCUCAUGGGAAGCUCCAGGUAGUGAGGGGUGGAACAAUAGCGCGCCUACUCAAGGUGACAGUUGGAACACAUCCGGAGAUGCCUCAACAGCAAGUUGGGAUAACUCCAGAGGAUGGAACAGCUAAAGAUACUUUUUUGUUUUUGUAAUGUAAAUUAUAUAUUUC